AUGUCCGCCAAAAAUGUACAUCCCGGUGGCAAGAAGAGGCCAUCGGCCGCGGUAAACUUGAUCGCUGGUGGCGGUGCUGGUAUGAUGGAGGCACUUGUGUGUCACCCGCUUGAUACGAUCAAGGUCCGCAUGCAGCUGUCGCGGAGAGCUCGCGCUCCCGGGGCUAAACCCCGUGGGUUCGUGACUACCGGCGCGGAGAUUGUGAAGAAAGAGACAGCUCUUGGUCUAUACAAGGGUCUGGGUGCCGUGCUGGGCGGUAUCAUCCCCAAGAUGGCCAUUCGGUUCACAUCGUACGAGUCAUAUAAGGGCAUGCUGGCAGACAAGGAAACCGGGCACGUCACAAGCAAAGCCACCUUCCUGGCCGGCCUGGCAGCUGGUGUGACCGAAGCCGUGGCGGUGGUCAACCCGAUGGAAGUGGUCAAGAUCCGACUGCAAGCGCAACACCACAGUCUCGCCGACCCGCUCGACACACCCAAGUACCGCAGCGCACCGCACGCGCUCUUCACCGUCAUCCGGGAAGAAGGGUUCAGGGCGCUCUACGGAGGUGUCUCCCUGACAGCCCUGCGGCAAGGAACCAACCAGGCUGCCAACUUCACCGCGUACACGGAGCUGAAGGCUGCUCUCCAGAAGUGGCAGCCGCAGUACGCCGACACGCAGCUGCCCGCGUACCAGACCACGGUGAUCGGUCUGAUCUCUGGUGCUGUUGGACCCUUCUCCAAUGCUCCCAUCGACACCAUCAAGACCCGAUUACAGAGGACUCGCGGCGAGCCCGGUCAAAGUGCCGUGUCGAGAAUCAUGAUCAUUGCUAAGGACAUGAUCAAGACCGAGGGCACACGCGCCUUCUAUAAGGGUAUCACGCCGCGUGUGAUGCGUGUUGCGCCCGGUCAGGCUGUCACUUUCACGGUGUAUGAGUUCCUUAAGGGGAAGCUGGAGGAUUCGAACUGGGCCUUUGUGGGUGGGAAGUACGAGGAGUAA